AUGUUAACAAUCUGUAUGUACGAAAAUAGACUUUCAUAUACUGCAAGAAAUCAGGAUUCUGGAAAAAAGCAGCCGCCCCACUUAAUAGAGGACCACACACCCCCCACCACCUACACUCCCCUACCACAAACCGCGACCACCGAGAACCACAUCUACCACCACCUACCUAUCAUCCAGCACCACCACCACACCAUCUUCCAUCAUCCAGGACACAUUCCAGAAAGUGCCCUGAAAGGGCAGCGACAACAAGGGGAACGCCCCAUUAUAAAACCCUUUUAUUUAAACCCAAUUUUCCCUUUAUUUCCGGCUCGGCGUUGGUACAGAAUCGGCGGAUUGCCCAAUACUGAAGAGAAAUCGAUUAACUGCACCGUCUACAACUACCGCGAUUCAGACUUCACGGCCGACUUGGUGGUUGUGAGCACGGACUACACUUCCUUCGCCUGCCUGUUCUCCUGUUACAACUUCCAGCGGACGCACAGAGCUCACUUCGCCUGGAUCCUCUCUCGGAGUCCCACGCUGCCGGCGGAAAAGAUCGCCACCUGCCAAAAGAGCUUGAGGAAAGUAGGAAUUCCUUUGGGUAGAUUGACGAAGACAAACCAGGAUAAUUGUGAAUAUGCUGGUGUCACUCGCUAAUCUUAUUUUGUGUGCGUGUGUGAGAGAGAGAGAGGCGCGAGGAUGGAGAGAGAGGGAGAGAGAGAGAGUGAGUCAGUGAGUCAGCGAGUGAGAAUGAGUGCGAAUGAGUGAGUGAGUGAGCGCGUGUG